AUGCCUCUAUCUGCGAUGAGAGACGACAUUGCUUCUAUUUGUCAGGGGAAACCCAGGACUCUGUAUAGCUCACUACACAAAUCUAUCACAAUUAGCUUAUCGGUAUUAGAGCCAGUUAUAUUUUUACCAGCUUGUCCAAAAUAUGGCGAAGACAUUACCCCACCCUCUUAUGAAGACUCGAAUUGUAACUCGUGUAAUACAAUCGCCCCUCAGCCAGUUCUGCGAGGCUCCCUUGUUCUCAAGUUGUCAAAGCCUACAAGUAUCAGAAGUGUAUCAUUGAGCUUAUAUGGUGUUUCUGAAACCCAAUGGCCAUAUUACAGCCCCCUUGAUAUUGGCCAUAAUGGCUCUCCAUAUAUUUCCAAAGACUCGGUUGUUAUUAAUCGGCAUGAAUGGCAUUUCGCUCCAAACGAACAAGCUGCUAUGGAUACUAUCAAAUUAAUAAAAGAUUCAGACCAAUCAAGCACUGUAACCACUUCCGAUACUUAUGGUGCUGAUACUGUCUUAUUUUGUAACCGUACGAAGGUUCAGAACAAAAAUGAGUAUUCUAUCUAUAAUAAUGCGUCUACGAACACCAUUACUGGUUCAUGCAUACCACUUCUAGAACCACGAAAUGAUAACUUUGAUGAUAAAAGCCAUGAUGAGAACCAUAAAAAGGAAAAAGAGACCAUAUACCCUGCUGGAGAAUACAUUUAUAACUUCACUAUCGCACUUGGUAGAAACCUUCCAGAGACUGUUAGAACUCAGUUCGGCUCUAUUAGAUAUUUUGUUGAGCCCAAAGUGGUUCACAAGGGGUUCUUUGGACAUUCUAGCUCAGGCAAACAAGAAGUCGAGCUGGUGAGAUGUCCUAAGUCUAAUAUUUAUAACCCUCUUGCCAAUAGCCCAUGUCGGAUAUGGAAAGACUUUCGUAGUCUAUUCCACUACGAUAUCCAAUUAGGAUCUCGGUAUCUUACACUAGGAGAAAAGAUAUCUCUGGUGAUUCGACAUCGGCCAAUGUUUGAACAAGUACGCAUCGGAGAAGUCACUAUCGAUAUCGUUCAAUACAUUAAGUAUACGAAUUCAUACACAAAGAAGAAGUCGUCCCGGUGCCAACUAGUACAGCUUGCUAGAAAGAAGUAUCCACAUCAGAAUAUGAGCGAAACUAUUUUGUCUAGCGAUGAAGCUUUAAUUGACGCCGAUGUUCUACCUGAUACAAACAGCUCUAGCUACAUGGCAUCAAAGUCUAACACGAACUUGUCCGAUAGCGAGGUAACAGACGGUGAAUACACUUCCGACAGUACUAGCAUUAGUGUCAGUCCAAGUGUGGCAGUCAGUGAAGUAUCACCCUCCCUUGGACGUUCGGUCAGUAGUAGUACGGGCAGUACCCAAACAGAGCAGCCCAGUGUCCAAUUCCACACAUCCACCUUGAGCGUUUCAGAAGAGCUGUGCUCACCGUCGGCCACGCUCAUCCCUUACACAAGCUGCUCUCCAUAUAUUCAGGUCAAACACAACCUACAAAUCUGCUUCAAAGUAUCUGCACCGCAUCCCAAGAAUCCAGGACUUAGAAAGCAAGAGGAUAUUCUUAUCCAAAUCCCUAUCCAUUUACUUUCAUCCAAAUGUACCACAGACAACCUAAUUUUGCCUCUUUACCAGGCGACCCCUCCUGUACUCGCAUGCUAA